AUGGAUCAACUGUAUUUUGAUGGAAUGGCAAUUUCAAGUAGAUUGGGUAUUCCAGACCUAUUCAUUACAUUUACUUGCAAUCCAACAUGGCCAGAAAUUAUCCGUGCCUUGUCCGAAACUGGGUUACAACCACACGAUCGUCCCGAUAUUAUUACUAAAGUCUUCAAAAUCAAAUUUGACGAACUCAUUGCAGAUAUAACAAAAAAGCAUGUUCUAGGGAAAGUUUUGGCCUUUAUGUACACUAUUGAAUUUCAGAAGAGGGGAUUGCCACACGCACAUAUUUUGAUUUUCUUACAUCCUCAGAGCAAAUACCCCACACCAUCUGACAUUGACAACAUCAUCUGUGCUGAAAUACCAGACCCUGCUGUUCAUCCGAGGUUGUAUGCGUUGGUUAAAUCUAACAUGAUGCACGGCCCAUGUGGAGUGGCGCGCACGACAUCAACCUGUAUGAAAAAUGGUAAAUGCUCUAAAUACUUCCCAAAGAAGUUUAACGAGGAAACUAUUGUUGAUGCAGAAGAUAUAUCUCACCAUGUGAAGCAUGCUGGAGAAUUUACUCCUUUCACAUUCAUGGUAGAAGACCGGCAGUUGAACGAGAAUGCAAGUGUUACUGAUUCCAUGUUUACUGGUUGGCUAUCUGCCAACUCAAAGUAUACUGAGGCACAGUCACUCACUUAUGGUCAAUUUGUAUCUAAGUUUGUUUACCACAAAAAAGAAAGGGAGUGGAGGCCCCGCAAAAAGGGAUUCACCAUUGGGAGAUUGAUAUGGGUUCCACCAACAACAGGUGAACUUUUUUACCUGCGGAUGAUGUUGACGGUAGUCAAGGGACCAAAAAGUUAUGAAGAAAUUUGCAAGGUCGAUAAUACCCAGUAUGAAACAUUUAGAGAUGCAUGCUUUGCCAUGGGAUUUCUGGAAGAUGACAAAGAAUAUAUUGGUGCACUCAAAGAGGCCAGUGAGUGGGGCUCUGGACAUUUUGUCCGAAAACUAUUUGUGGUGAUGCUAUUGUCAGGUGCUGUUAAUCGCCCAGCACACGUUUGGAAGGAAUCAUGGCAGCUGUUAUCUGAUGGUGUCCUACAUGCUCAAAGGCAAUUGGCUUUAAAUACAGAAUUGGUUCUCACAGAUGCCGAAUUGCAACAUUUGACCCUGAUUGAAAUAGAAAAGCUGCUUCAAGAAAAUAAAAGGACACUAAAAGAUUUCAAACCAAUCCCUUAUCCAGAUGGAUAUGUUCUGCAACAAUUAGUUAUGCUAUUGAAGAAAACCAAUUUUGUGAAAGACCUUACUGAUAACCUUGACCCAGAUGAACAGACAGCCAUGUAUCAAAAAAUUAUGCGCGCAGUUGAGUCUCAGAAUGGUGCAGUCUUCUUCCUACAUGGUUACGGUGGAACCGGUAAGACAUACAUGUGGAGAACACUGGCAGCAGCAUUAAGGUCGAAGCAUGAUAUAUGUCUGACAGUCGCAACCAGUGGUAUAGCGUCAUUAUUGUUGCCAGGAGGUCGAACUGCACAUUCAAAAUUUAAGAUACCAGUGCCAACGCUCGAUAAUUCUACUUGCAAAAUUGAGUACAAUGAUGAUGUGAGAGACCUUCUUAGACAAACUAAACUAAUUAUUUGGGAUGAGGCUCCAAUGGCACACAAGCAUACUUUUGAAGCACUUGAUAGAAUGCUCAGAGACGUAAUGUCUAAAUACGGUAACUCCAAGGAGAUGUUUGGUGGAAAAGUUGUUGUGUUUGGAGGUGAUUUCAGGCAGAUUUUACCUGUUGUCCCUCGAGGAAGCCGUUCGGAUAUUGUACAUUCUGCCAUAAAUGCGUCUUACAUAUGGAAUUUUGUUCAAGUGUUAACAUUAACCAAAAACAUGCGCCUCCAAUCCGGUCCGACCGAAGAUGAUAAAAAUGAAAUGCAACAGUUUUCUGAAUGGUUGUUAAGAAUUGGCGAAGGAAAAGUAUCUGAGCCCAAUGACGGUGUGACAGAUUUUGAAAUUCCACCUGACCUGUUGAUAACACAGUUCGAAGACCCAAUUGUCGCCAUUGUUGAUGCUACAUAUCCUGACUUAAUUCACAAUUUUCAUUCAAUCCAAUACCUUAAGGGUCGAGCAAUUCUGGCUUCAACAUUAGAAAUUGUGGAACAAAUAAACAAUCAUAUCCUUGACUUAAUCCCAGGAGACAUGCGGGAUUACUACAGCUCCAAUACUGUUGAUAAGUCCGAAAUCAAUGACGACACAGUGGUAAAUAUCCUAACUCCUGAAUUUCUCAGUUCCCUCCGUACAUCUGGUUUGCCUACCCAUCAUUUAAAGUUAAAGGUUGGAACACCAAUUAUCCUCAUGAGGAAUAUUGAUCAGUCAGAAGGACUAUGUAAUGGAACAAGGUUGAUAGUAACAAAAUUUGGGACACAUGUUAUUGAAGCUUCGAUAAUAGCUGGAAAGAACUGUGGCAAUCGGGUGUACAUCCCACGAAUGGAUAUGUCACCUUCCCAAUCACCAUGGCCGUUCAAGCUCAACAGAAGACAGUUCCCCAUUAUAGUGUCAUAUGCCAUGACAAUUAACAAAUCCCAAGGACAGUCUUUGGAUACUGUUGGUCUAUACCUACCAAGGGAUGUUUUUACACAUGGACAAAUAUAUGUUGCACUAUCAAGAGUGACAACCAAACAAGGAAUCAAGAUAUUAAUACAUGAUCAACAUGCAAAAGUUAAAACAACAACUACAAAUGUAGUUUACAAGGAGAUCUUUGACAAUAUAUAA